UUACCUUUUAAUGUGUCUGUAUGAAGGAAUACAAGCUUAAUGUUCAGUGUGAAUGAAAAAGUUCUCAAAACAGUUCGGAUAAACUAACAACAUUAACUGAAUUAAUUGUCCACAAAAAAUAAGUAGCAAAGGAAGGAAAAUAAAAAUAUAUAAAAAAAACAGUCUUAGACCAGUCCCAUUAUGAUUAGAUUGAUUUGGAUAAAUUCUAAAUGUGUGUGUCUUUAAAAUAUAUAAACAUUCUGCUAUGAUAGUAGAAGGCACACACACACUCGCGCACACACACAGUCUCUCUCUCCCCAGCCAGCAGCCUGCAGUGUCCAACCUCAGUGCCAUUCACAUCUCAUUGCACAUUGAUCAGUCUGUCUCUCUGUUUUCAUGUUUUUCUUAGCAGCAGCAGUUAUGUUCAGCGCUUCCCAAAACCAGCGGUCCAAAAAAAUAAAUCCUGUUUUCAUUCAGCGCUGUGGAAAAUAUUAAGUCCACUCUUCAGUUUUAAUAGGUGAAGUGUUCAUCCGUGCCAUCUGCUAGCUCCUCCACUCGUCCAGUGACACACAAACACACAUGCACAAUGUGAGUUGUAAAUGGCACUUUGCUGUAAAUGAGACUUUGACUAAGAGGGAAGAAAGCAUGAGUGGGUGUGUGCAUGCACAAGCGUGAGUGUGUGUAUUGACAGCUGGGUGAUGUCUAGUCUGUUAAGUGGGUGCUGUAAGCGCUGUGUUUGGUGGUGGAAGUAAAUUCUGUUUACUCGACAUGCAAAAAGCGAGAGAUAAGCAUCCUUCUAUGCUUUACGACUGGUACUGAACAUGUUUGUGUUUCUGUAUCUCUUGGACUCUUCUCCUUCAUUAAUUUCCCCCCACUCGCUGUUCUGUACAGAGAUUGAAGCUGAUUGCGCAGAUCUCUCCUUGCGCAGGUUUUCAUAAGGCCCUAACCUCACCUAGCCUCUGGCUCUGUGUAAUCUCAGUGGCGUAAACUCGGAGUGAGAUGAUCCUGCUGUUGCUCUGGGGCUGCAGUGAUACAGAAUCUGCUGCUGAGCCGCUCUACACUGCAACCCAGGCUAUAAAUAGCUGCAGCAGUCAGCAUGGCUUAUAUGCUGCAUAUACCAUCGACUAGCGGUCAAAGCUGAUCAAUAUCUGCUAUCAUAGUGAGAAAAUCAAUAUUGGCAGGAGAUUUAAAUGUUGUAAUAACCUGAUACAGUCUUAAUAAUACAUGCUCACGCCCUACGUUCUCCACAUUACAGACUCUAAAGAUGUUGUGGAGAAAAAAAAAAAGGAUAAACAGCACUCCACUAUUUGGAAUGAAUAGUAGCCAUAUUUAUCAUCUGGAUUCCGUCAGCAAUCCAGGCAUCAUCGUAGUUAAUCUUCUGAACAAUGAAGAGAUCUAUUAAUAUUUAUGCAUACAAGUCUAAAUGAUUUGUAUUGUUAAGCACCAGCAUUGCAUUAAUUACAUAAAUCCUAUUGUUUUAAGACCUUUUUUUUAAUGACUAAUUCUGCUACAUUCCCCAAGCGACAUGUAACGCAGGGUUUCUUAACUCCAGUCCUGUACAUUUUCAGCUUUCCAUACUCCAUGAGAUUUAUACAGUCAUGGUGGAAUAAUAUCUCCUCAAGUUUGUUCAUAUCAUAAAAUAGAAAGCUACUGUAUAUUACAAUGUCAUUUUUAUUUAUUCUCGUUAAACCAGUUACAACGGUUUUGGUGGUGCCAAAACAUAAUGUUGAUGAUUAUUGUCAGAGGACAAAAAUUACUCUAUAAUAUGAUCUUUGUGAUUUGCACUGACAAUCCUGCAGUAGUACUUCAGUGUUGUGUCAGGUGUGCUGGUCAGAACCAGGUCCCAGGCCCCAACUCCAGGCAUGAAAGAAGUCUGACUACCUGGUGACAGGUAAAGAGCCGGUAACCAAUCAGAGGAGAGAGUGAUAGUGAGCGAGUGUUUCAGUACACCAUUACUACUUAGAUGUACUAUUUAGUGUGCAUUGGGUGAUUUGGGACACAGUCUUGUAUUCGGUCUAAAUGUGUACAAUCACAACCAUGAGAUGAAUGCACACAGUGGAGGAAAAGAGCAGCUACUCAUGUUACAAAAUGGUCUUCUGCAUGUAGUUUACAAUGGCGUUUUUCUACCAGAGAAAGUGAAAUAACAAAAUUCUAAUCCUUAAUCCUGUAUCAUUAAGUGUCAUGAUAUCUGCUUGCCAUGUCAUGCACACUUGUCUUCUACCCACUUUUGCUGCCUGUUCUAUCUCGUGAAGAAUAAUCCCAUCAAAUCUGGUCUACAUUCUUUGUUUGGGAAAUUAUCUUGCAACAACAUUAUGUUGCUGUUAACAAAUUGCUUAAAGUAGAUUUUUUUUAUUUUACUUUUGUGGAACCAAGAGCAACGGCAACAUCAAAUGUCAUAAGUAAAAAUACACAGAAUGAUAUGAGGUAGAGGCUGGGGCUGAUUUCAUUCCAGCGCAGAUGAUAGAAUCAGUGACACUUGUGUCAGGUGAUUACACAGACUGAAACCUUCCCAUGAGUUUGUGUGCACUGGGGCUAAUUUAUUAAAUCUCACUUCACUGAGACAUCCAUAACACACCAUCAGCAGUGAUUAAGAAGGCACAGGUUUAACCAACAAAGGCGCAAGUACGAUAGCAGGUUUAACCAACAUUAACAAAGUACUUUCUCAAUCACUGAUUUUUCAAAAUGUCUGUGGAGUAACUAGGACUAGAGAGAUUAAGCAAACAUUGUUCAAUCACAAUACAAAUUACACAAAGGGGUGAUGCAACCUUAAGGUUUUUGUGGUUUGAUAGAAGGAGCUAGCUAAGGGCAAGCACGGCUUUUCUGUUUACCACAUUUUCUCUGAUCGGAAGAGACACUGCAUUAUUGUAAGAGAUAUUUGACUUAAAAAAAAAUCAAUCAUGAACGACUGUGUUUCUGUGUGCAUGCAUAAUAGUUUUAUGUUAUAAGGCUUAACCAUAAUGUUUUUUUAAAGCCGUAUUGAUUUUUUUUUUCAAUAGUGUCACUGUAUUUACCUCAUUUGAACUUGACUAUUGAAGCAUGUUGCUUCAGCCUAAACGCUGGCAUGAGGUACUGUGAUUUUUGGACAGGAAGUGACUGAAUCACACUACUGAAUCGCUGCAUGGUGUUCAGAUACGACACUUAGGCACGUUGGCUCUUCUAGUGUCUACCCAUUAGAGUGUCUAAUUGCCUGACAGCAGUAUUUGUGGAGUUGGCUUUACAUUCGACUUUGUUGACUGUAAACAUGCCAUGCUUAAUUAUAUUUGAGCUUUUGUGUACUUAGCUUGGCCCUGUCUAUAGACCUGUGUACGUGCAGGUCUGUGUAUGUGUGUGUGCGUAACAGAGAGACACCAUGUGCACACUGUAUUUCUUUGUUUGUUUUGGCUGCCUCAUGGUUGAAGUGAUUGCUGCGGCUUGUCUCGCUUGGCAGAGUGUGAUGCAGCAGAGGACGAUUAAGGCUGUGGCUGUAUGCAUGAGCACAUCUAUGCGUACAGCGGUGAAUCUGAGGGCCCUACAGAGAGACAGCUCCUUCCUGUAUUCUAGCGCAUCUGCCAGAGCACACGUAGACCACUGCUGGCAUCGGCGGGGUUUGCAGCGAUUACCGCGGCUUCUGAGCUCCUUGUGGAUUCAUUCCAGGGUUUGGAGUAAACCUGGCCUUCAUUGAUCACCGGAUUGAACUGCGCUGAAUUAAUGGAAUGCAUUUGGAAGGCUUGAAAAGCUGCGUGCAGUCAGUUGAUGUGAGUGCGGUGUUGCCCGUUCCCAUUCCCCCUGCUGCCAUCCCGAUGGAUCUGCGUGUGGAUCAGCAGCACUUGCCCGUGUCUGGGGAGCAGCAGCUGCAGCAGGAGCUCCUGGCACUCAAACAGAAGCAGCAGAUCCAGAGGCAGCUGCUCAUUGCCGAGUUCCAGCGGCAGCACGAGCAGCUCUCACGCCAACACGAAGCCCAGUUGCAGGAGCACAUUAAGCAUCAGCAGGAGCUGUUGGCCAUGAAGCAUCAGCAGGAGCUGCUGGAGCACCAGAGGAAGUUGGAGCGGCAUCGUCGUGAGCAGGAGCUGGAGAAACAGCAGCGCGAGCAGAAACUGCAGCUGCUCAAAAACAAGGAGCGUGGCCAGGAGAGUGCGGUGGCGAGCACGGAGGUGAAGAUGCGUCUACAGGAGUUUGUGCUGAAUAAGAAGAAAGCCCUGGCCCAGAGGAGCCUCAACCACUGCAUGCCCAAUGACCCACGCUACUCAUACUGGAAAACCCAGCACAGUUCACUGGAUCAGAGUUCUCCUCCUCAGACAGGGAUGUCCACUUACAACCACCCAGUGCUGGGACUCUACGAUUCCAAAGAUGACUUUCCACUCCGAAAGACAGCGUCAGAGCCGAAUCUGAAGCUGCGCUCCAGGCUGAAGCAGAAGGUGACGGAACGGCGGAGCAGCCCAUUGCUGCGGAGGAGGGACGGCCCCGUAACUACAGCCAAGAAACGCUCUCUGGACGUGACAGAAUCAGCUUGUAACAGUGCACCAGGCUCUGGCCCGAGCUCACCCAACAACAGCUCCAACAACAUCACUAACGAGAACGGCAUCACCAGCUCAAUCUCCAACAGUCCAGUGGAGCCUUCCCUGGCACAUCGUCUUGCCAGCAGAGAGGGUCCUGUUAGCCAGCUGUCUCUGUACACAUCCCCCUCCCUCCCAAACAUCACUCUGGGCUUGCCAGCCACCGGCUCCACCACUGUGGCGUCUGGCCAGCAGGAAGGUGAGCGGCUGGCAAUAGCAGGCCUGCAGCCCGGAUUACCCAUAACCACUCCGUUCAUUGCUGGAGCCCACCUUCCCUCAUAUCUGGCUGCCUCGGCCUUGGAGCGAGAGGGAGGCUCCGCCCACAACCCUCUGCUGCAGCACAUGGCUCUGCUGGAGCAGUCACAGAAUCCCCUGGUUUCAGGUCUGAGUGGUCUGCCCCUGCAGUCUCCCUCCAUCCAUAAGCUGCGUCCUCACCGGCCGUUGGGUCGAACCCAGUCAGCGCCGCUGCCCCAGAACUCACAGGCCCUGCAGCAGCUUGUGGUCCAGCAGCAGCACCAGCAGUUCCUGGUCAAACAGAAACAGCACUUCCAGCAGCAGCAGCUCCACAUCAGCAAGAUUAUGGCCACUAAACCAAAUGAGCCAGGCAGGCAGCAUGAGAGUCACCCGGAGGAGACAGAGGAGGAGCUGAGAGAGCAUCAGGCUCUGAACGACCCAGCCGAAGGCCUGCCACGUGGAGUCACCAUCAAACAGGAGCCUCCUGAUCAACUGGAGGAGGAGCUGCAGCAGCGAGAGAGACAGGCAGAGCACGAGCUGAUCUUCAGACAGCAGGCUCUCCUUUUGGAACAGCAGAGGAUCCAUCAGCUAAGAAACUACCAGGCAUCGAUGGAGGCCGCUGGCCUGUCCGUCACUUUACCAGGGCACCGCCCCCUGUCCAGAGCUCAGUCUUCUCCAGCCUCUGCCACAUUCCCGAUUGUAGUGCAGGAGCCUCCGGCUAAGCCGCGCUUCACCACCGGGCUGGUGUAUGACACACUAAUGCAGAAACACCAGUGUAUGUGUGGCAACACUAACACCCACCCAGAGCACGCGGGCCGAAUCCAGAGUAUCUGGUCCAGACUGCAGGAGACCGGACUGCGCAGCAAGUGUGAGUGUAUCCGGGGCAGGAAGGCCACACUAGAGGAGCUGCAGACAGUCCACUCUGAAGCUCACGUGCUGCUUUACGGGACCAACCCACUGAGACAGAAAUUAGACAGCUCUGUGACACCCAUGUUUGUGAGGUUGCCCUGUGGGGGCAUCGGGGUGGACAGUGACACUAUCUGGAACGAGGUACACUCGUCCAGUGCAGCUCGUCUGGCCGUCGGUUCCGUGGUGGAGCUGGUGUUUAAAGUGGCAUCUGGAGAACUGAAGAACGGUUUUGCUGUGGUGCGGCCUCCAGGACACCACGCCGAGGAGAGCACCCCCAUGGGAUUCUGUUAUUUCAACUCUGUCGCCAUCGCAGCCAAACUCCUCCAGCAGCGACUGAAUGUCAGCAAGAUUUUGAUAGUGGACUGGGACGUUCACCAUGGCAACGGCACCCAGCAGGCUUUCUACAGUGACCCCAAUGUGCUGUAUCUUUCUCUGCAUCGCUAUGACGACGGGAACUUCUUUCCUGGCAGUGGCGCUCCUGAUGAGGUGGGCUCGGGGCCUGGUGUGGGCUUCAAUGUGAACAUGGCCUUCACUGGUGGUCUGGAGCCUCCCAUGGGAGACGUGGAAUAUCUGGCGGCCUUCAGAACAAUAGUGAUGCCUAUUGCUAAUGAGUUUGCGCCUGAUGUGGUCCUGGUUUCGUCAGGGUUCGAUGCUGUGGAGGGCCACCCGCCACCACUGGGGGGAUACAAACUCACAGCUAAGUGUUUUGGCUACCUGACCAAGCAGCUGAUGGGCCUGGCCGGCGGCCGCCUGGUGCUCGCCCUUGAGGGGGGUCACGACCUCACUGCCAUCUGUGAUGCGUCUGAAUCAUGUGUUUCUGCUUUGCUAGGAAACGAGUUGGAACCACUACCUGAGAAGGUUCUUCAACAAAGGCCCAAUCUCAACGCUGUGCGCUCCAUGGAGAAGGUCGUGGAAGCCCAUAGUAAGUACUGGCGCUGUCUGCAGCGCAGUGUUUCGACGCUGGGCUACUCCCUGAUUGAGGCUCAGAAGUGUGAGACAGAGGAGGCUGAGACUGUAACCGCCAUGGCCUCAUUGUCUGUAGCCACCAAGAACAUGGGGAAAAGGUCUGAAGAGGAGCCAAUGGAGGAAGAACCACCACUGUAGAUGACAGGUGACCAACUUGACUGGGUGACCUCCUUGGCUCACAGCCUCUCACUGGUGUGUGACCUCACUCUGCUCUCUCUCCAUAUGUUUAAUUUUGGCCGCUCCAGGCUCCAUGGCACCGCCGCCUCCGAGUGCCUUUUCAGCACAGAAAGCAAAACAGACCGAAGACGUCUCCAAAAAAAAUCCAAGCACACCAGUGUGGAAAACCUCCGCAGUUUAAGUCUCUGUCUAGAGCAGGGUGUGUCCAGGCCUCCCUUCUGCUCUGUCCGAACAGACGCCUGCUUUCAAACAGGAUGUGGACUUGCAUCUCACUGCUAGAAGCGAGAGCUGGUGCUUUAAAAAACAAACUCUUCUUUUCAUGGCCACUAACGUCCGCAUGGUUUCAACUGUGGACAUUGUCAUGGCUGUGUCCUCGUCUGGUUUUAUUUCUUGUCUCUUUGGUUGUCUUAUUUGGUUUGUCUUUUCUUGAGGAGGGAAAAGUGACUGGUGCUGUUUCAUUCCGAAUUGGGAAAUUCUUUGAAAGUUACUUCUGGAUGCUUUGCGAGAUGGUUGAGAGGAGAGGCCGGAGACAUGGGCAGGGUGGGAGAGAGGUAGAAAAUUUAGAGGAUGUGUGGACGAAGGCUGACGAAACAGCUUGUCUGAAACCCCUCUAACACACACAAGAGAGACACUGAGAGCUUGUGCCUUUUUUUACAGAGCUGGUGGAUUUAAUGAUGAUUUGAGAAGAACAUUGCCUUAAACUAGUUCCAUAAGGGGAAGGCCAUCGGGUCCUUCCGCACCCUCCUCCAUUUUUUUUUCCAGGAGUGGAAUGGCUGGAGGCCCGAAGGACAAAAAGCCCUUUGCAUGUUUACCAGGAAUGUCCUGCAGACUUGUGCGUGUCUCACACACAUUAUCAUCAUUUUAUUGGCAAUUUAUUUUCCUCUGCAUUUUUUCGAUACUUGCUUUGGACUUAACUUUUAAAUAACCAAGAAGGUAGUUGCCAGCCAUAUCCAGGCAAACAUUGUUGGAGCGGUUUUCAAUUGAUUUCUUGAGUACUUUUGAGAGCAAGUGCAGCCCAAUGUAGCUACUUGUUCAAACUCUAUGACCAAAUCUAUACAUCCGUCUCCGUUAACUCGCAUGCUCUGUUACUGAACACCAUUCCCAGUAGACCAGUAGAGGAACACAAACUAAAAGCAUGAGAUCUAACCAGUAGUUAGUUCAGUGCCACUAACUGCAGGCAUACAUGAUAGGACUGUUAACAUGUUUAUCUUCUUCUACAACUUUGUGGUUUAUGAGAAAAGUUGAGUGAUUGAACUAUUUAUAUUUUUCAUGUAUUUCUCACAGCAGACAAUAGACUUUUUAUAGGUAUGAAUGUCACAGUGUUCAUAUUUGAUUCAAUUAAUAGUGCUAGCUAAUCACCGAUAAUAACCUUCUGUCCAGAUGGCCAGUUUUCAUUGGCAUCUUUCAAAUAUGAGCAAAAGGGCUGGAAAACAAUUUUAAAAUAUACCGUUGAGCCUUCAGAUGUUCCAGCAGAUAGAUUCGGUGCUGGUGCCCAGCGUGAUGUUUCUUGCAAUCCUAGCAGCACUGCAGUGGACGUCCCUACAGAUUUCACUACAGGCAGGUGCUACUGUCUGAUUGAGUGUGUAUAUGUGUAUGUGUGUGCAGGAGUGUAGGGGUGUGUGGGUGUGGGUGUGUGUGUGUGUGUGUGUGUGUGUGUGUGUGUGUGUGUGUGUGUGUGUGUGUGUGUGCGCGUGCGCUACACAAUCCAGGAAGUAAUUGGACCACCAGCCUUCACCCUGACAGUGAUGCUAAAACCAUGGAGAUGGCUGUGACACUCCUCGCAUGAGUCUCUGAGCUGAUUGCAUACUGUAGGUAUGGAGCACCUGCAUGGCAGCAUAUGUAUGCAUUUUAAUGAUCCAUUUACCUGUGUAUAUAUACAAGCAUGCUCGUUGACGACUUCAUUCACUUUGACACUGAUUGAACACAUCACACUGUGGACUGAUGUAGAUGGGCUAAUUUGUUCGAAAACCCCAACUCAUGUUCAGCCUCUUGGCAACUACCUUUGUCAUUGUAUGAAUUUACGAUUCUUUUUAAUAUUCUCAUACACAAGAUGGGAGAAGGGCAUAUUAACGAAGGAGACAUGACUUGCAGUCACAGUUGUUCUUAAAGUCUUAUUGGUAUACAGCAUGACUACUCCAUUCUGCCAGUUUUGUCUGUUUUUUCAAUUUUUUUUUUCCUUGUCAUCUCAAAUCUUUUUAUACUUAUUUUAUUUUUAUUUUUAUUUUUUUUUUUUACAUUUCUGAUUAUUGUUUCCCUGUUACACUCUGUACAGUUGACAAUGUUGUUUUACAUGCUUAGAGAUCAUAGUUCUUCUCUUAUAGAGCAGCCUUUUACACACAUGCUGGGGUUCUGGUUUUCUUUGGGAGGGUGAAAUUGAGAUUUUUACUUUGUAUAAUGAUUCCAACAAUUGUGUAUUUACUAUAUGUUCUGUUUAUAGUAGAUUUAUAUAUGAAAAAAAAUGAUCUAUAGAUAUAUAUUAUAAAAAAAAUUACAAUCAUGUUUGAAAAAAAAAAAAAUUGGAAGUGCAAGGUGAUAUGCUCAUAUAUCUGCUCAGUGUACACUCUCUUCUCUCCUCCUGGCUGCCAUUGGUUUAACACUGCACUGGUUCUGCAUUUACAGUCUCAUGGCACUUCAUAAUGCAGUGACUUUAAUGCAUAAUAUCUGCUGAAAACACAAGCUACAGUCUUGCUCAGUGAAUGUUCUGGCAAGUUUGUCAAUUUGACCAAAUGAAAUUUAGUUCUCUGUUUGAUGCAUCCAAAUUCUCAGUGCAGCUGAUUGUGUAUUACGCAGCUGCUUGACUUAAAAGCACUUGAAGUAAGAUUUACUUGUUAUUGUUGUACUGUAGCAUGAUCACUUACAAAAAUGCUGCAGUGUUUCUUAGUUUGUCAUGCCUCAGUUCUUUUACUGAAUGAUUCGCACUAAAAACGUCAUUGAUUGAGAGUUUUGCUGAAGCUUUAAUCAGUGUUCUUAAUGAAGUAGCGGCUCUGAUGGCUCACUUGACCAGAACUCACACAUCACUUUGCAACAGCAGUCUGAACUAUGGCAGCCAUAUUCUUUCUUUUUUUUUCUUUUUUUCCACCUCAGAAGGAAUCUUUCUGUAUCUGGUUUCUCUACCCAGCAUCCGGAUAAAUAACAAAAAAAAAAUAACACAUUCCAUUUAUUUUCAUUUUGUUCCCAUUUAUUUGACCAUUUGUUAUUCCUGCUAAUUUGCCAUUAAAUCUGGGCCUAGCUUGUUUAUUCAAAGGCCUGGGUAAAUUUUGUAUCGUUCUCUUUGCUCCACCUCUGCAUGGUUUAUGUGUCGGCAUGCCUGUCUGUCCUUGUAACAUAUUUGCACAACCGAUGAGCACUGUAGGACGAGACUUUUCCAGCAUCGGAGAACGGCUUGGGACACAACUGCUUUCUUGGCUGUUCUGUGGUCAGGAAGCAGAAAGAACGAUGCUUCUUGUGUCCAACAUGUGCUUUUUACUUGUAAAAAAUGGAAUAGAGAAAGCUAAACAAUUUCAAAACAUUUGAAUAUUUUACAAAACAGAACUAUCUAGCACUUGUGACAUACAGACAACAGAUUUUAUUGUAUUUAUGUAGAACUUUGUUUUAGGUGAACUACACACUACAUAUUAUGCCUGUGUGAUUUUAUAUAUAUAUAUAUAUAUAUAUAUAUAUAUAUAUAUAUAUAUAUAUAUAUAUAUAUAUAUAUAUAUAUAUAUAUAUUCCCCACCCCUUGGAUGUAUUUUUGGGUUGAGCGGAGAGCAUCUGGAGUCAUCAAAGGGCUUUUUCCAGAUGUUUGACAGGUAUGUCAUCCUCAGCCUGUACUUCCCUUUAUAGCCAGUAAUAUAUCUAUGACCACUGUGGCUCGAGAGCAGUUCUAGGUUUACAGAUGUAAGAAAUGCAUAUUAUUUUUAUCACUUUGUUUUGAUUUUGUUUCCAUUGUUACAGAAGACAUUUUCUUGGGACCUUUGCUCUAACAUUUGUCUUUGACAUCAACUAUAAAGUAUCUUGUUUUGGAAAA